CACUGGUGACGCACUCAGGUACGUAAACAUCAAGAACGAGACGCCGAUGAGUCUAUCUCUUUGCACAAUAGAUAAGAGGUAGGAAGAAACAUAUCGAGAACGAAAGAAUGGCACGCGAAGGAGGUCUGAAGCUGCUCGGCUUGACGGUGAGUCCGUUCGUGCUCCGUGUACGCAUGGCGCUGCAGCUGAAAGGCAUCGGCUACGAGUACAUCGAGCAGGACCUGUUCACCAAGGGCGAACUCCUACUCGUGUCCAACCCAGUGCACAAGAAGGUCCCGGUGCUCAUCCAUGACGGCAAGCCCGUCUGCGAGUCGCUGGCCAUCGUGCACUACGUCGACGAGGUCUGGGCAGCCACGGGCCCCUCGAUCCUCCCAGCCGACCCCUACGAGCGCGCUGAUGCUCGUUUCUGGGCCGCCUACGCCGACAGCAAGCUCUUGCCUGCUUGGGUAGGCAUCAUGUGGGCGGCGACGGCGGAGGAGAGGGCGGAGAAGGUCGGCGACACGCUCACCGCGAUCGGCCACUUGGAGGAGGCGUUCGGCAAGUGCUCGAACGGGAAGGCGUUUUUCGGCGGUGACUCGGUCGGGUACCUCGACCUCGUGCUCGGUUCACAGUUGCUCUGGUUCGAGGCGCUGCAGAAGAUGUUCGGCGUGGUGGUCAUUGAAGAGGGCAAGGCUCCGCUCUUGGCCGCGUGGGUGAAGCGGUUUGGACAAACUGAUACAGAGAAGGAGGUGGUGCCAGACGUUGACACAGCGGUGCAGUACCUGAAGAAGCUUCAGUCUCACCGACCAGGUUCUACAGUUGCCCAGUUGUUGUCGUGACAAAAGUUCUAUGCCAAAGACACUGAACCCCCGUCGGUGAAGAUAUAUGACACUGAACUCCAGUCCUGAAGACAUGGCAAUAGUUUUUGCUUCCAUCACAUUUCAGACCAUUGCCUGAACUGCAACUCAAUUUCAUAGCGGUGAUACUUAGGCGUAACCAGCAUCCAGCAAUGAUGGCACUUGCGGGACAUUUUGGGCUCUAAGCGAUCACAGACUCACAGUGACAGCGAUGGCGAAGACGCACGGAAUAAAAACAUUAUCAGAAUUCAGAAAGCCAAACUAGCCGAGAUCACAAGGAGAUUGGAGGGAGCCAGGAGACAGGACCGCAGUUCAGAUAUGUGCAGGUCUACUCGUCAUGGGUACAACCUCGUUACCUACACCUUAAGAGUGAUCUUGGUUUAAUUGUGCAUGGUAAUUAAAACAUUUUGUUUUGUGUACCAUGUACCACAACAACAUGAUCCAUUUUGUUGCGCUCCUUCCAGAUGUUCCACCAAGUGAGUUGAAGGAGUGAUGUCUAGUUCUUCUGAUUGGGCUUCGGAUGCAUUCGUUGGGUGGUUAUAGGUUAACAGCCAGGACUCGAGUGAUUCAGUAUCAGGAGUCGGAGGUUGUUGGCAAGAACCACUAACAAUUGAAGAAUGUUGCAGGGAAUGGGGGUCUCAAUACAACAGAAGGGACUGGAGACAAUGACAUUAACAACGAUAAGGAAGCAAUGCAUGACUCUGAAGAUAUAGUCAGUUUACUUGAUGAUGAUAUGUUCAUGACGAACCGUCUAAUUCUCAGUCAAUGAGUUUUGGCACAAAACUGGGGAAUUCAGUCCCAAUGUCUCACAGGGUGUUAUAACAAACUGUUUUGGAAGAGGAAAAUUAACUUGGAGAUGAACA